AUGGAAGAUCAGUGGCAGGUGAAAGGUUAUACCUUAGGCCUGAAUAAAUCGGGAGUAGACUUGUCCAACAACAACAUCAUCAAGCGGACUGUGACACCAAUUUUCAAGCGUGCUUCUGGAUCGGAUAAUGCUGGUUGCUCAAAAGAGCACAGACGUGCUGCGUCGAAACUAGACCUUGCUGUAUCAUCAGAAAUUUCUAGAACACCUGGCAGACAGAAUUAUGACAAUUCAGAGAGCUGGAUGCAACAUGGAUAUAAGACGGACGACUCAUUUCGUCCUUUUGGUUGUAAUUAUUGUCCAAAGAAAUUUACUUAUAAAGAAGACAGUGGAUCUGACAAAUUUACUAAUGACAAAGAUAGAAGAGUAAACUCCCUGGUUCCAAACAGAACUCCUACUAAAGUUGGAAGUUUGACUGGUUUUAGUCUUGACAGUUUGAUUGGCUUACCAUCAUCCAGUUCAUCACAUUCGCAGACUGGUUCAGGAAGAGGAUGUUUGACUGGUUCUACUGCAUCAGAUUUGUCUGGUCUAAAAGUUGACAAAUCACCAAGUACCAGUCUAGGAUAUGACUUUGCAGUUUUUGGGAAUUACACUGAAGUGAACACUAUGAAAAGACUGCCUCAGGUGGAAUAUCCUUGUGAUUUUUGUGAAGAAAGCAGGCUUGACAAAACUGAUGACAGAGGGAAAAGAGGAAACAGAACUCAACACAUCUCAAGUUUGACUGGUUUUAGUGCUGAAAAUUGGAUUAAUUUAUCAUCAUCAGGUUUAUCACAUUCACAGACUGGUUCUAGAACAGGAUCAGAUUUAUCUGGUAUAAAAAUGGCCAAUUUACCAAGUACCAGUCUAGGCCAUGACUCUGCAGUUUUUGGAAUUCACACAGAAGCAAACAGUAUGAAAAAACUGGCUCAGGUUGAAUAUACUUGUGAAUAUUGUGGAGAGGAAGUUUACGCAGGUGAGGAUCUGGAAGCCUACUUGUCCAAUACACAAAGUCAUAGGUGUUCAUACUGCACGAAGGUCUUUCCAAGAAAGUGUGAUUUAACCAGACAUAUGUUAAUUCAUUCAGGAGUGAAAGCAUUUAGUUGUGACAUCUGUGGAAGGAGCUUUAGACUUCAGCAACACUUGAAGAGACAUAAAUUUGUUGUGCAUAAUGUGGUUCAUCAGAGUUCAUCACGCAAAAAGAUAACCUUUCCACCUCUGUGUGGUUGGGCACGGAAGACCAAGAAUGUACAGAAAUGGAAUGAUGGAUUCAUUUUCCUACACUGCAUCUACAGCAGGCCAACUAGAUACAAUGCUAUUAGGCGUGGAAGGCCAUCAGCAUACAGGAGUGACUCAUCUGAUCUGUUACCCCAUACAGCAUAUACUGCGGGUCAAGUUGACGUAUCCUCUAGACCAGUAGAAAAUGUAGCAGAUGAACUUAACCUAGCUAAUGUUAGAAGCAGCGCACACAUUUGUCAGUAUUGCAGCAAGAUAUUUGGAAAUAAAACAGAUCUUGGAAGACAUGUUUUGAUUCAUACAGGAGUUAAGCCACAUAAAUAUUAUGGCCAUCAUCAUGUAUCUGCCAGUAAGAUUCCGGCACAGAGACGUAGAAGUGGAGGCGGGAUAGCAUGUCAGUUGUGCGGCAGUCAGUUAAAAUCGAAGCAGAAUCUACAGAUUCACAUGUUGACACAUACCGGUGAAAAACCGUGGACAUGCAGCUACUGCGGCAAGAAGUUCCGACGAAAACAUCACCUUGACGGUCAUAUCUAUAGUCAGCACUCUCAACUGGUUCAUCAGUGA